AUGCGAUUUCCUAGAAAGAUUCCUGCGGAUCAAGUGCCAUCCACGGUGGGUCUACAAUUGCCGAAAAUCAUAACUUUUGAUGCUUAUAAUACGCUUUACUCGACAACGCUACCAGUUAUGGAGCAAUAUUGCCUUGCGGGCAAAAAAUAUGGCAUUGAUGCCAAACCAGAAGAGCUCACGCAAAGGUUUCCAUCUGUUUUCAAAAACCUCAGGAUACAGCACCCGAAUUACGGGAAAAAUACUGGAAUUACAGCCAAUGAAUGGUGGACGCUUCUGAUCCAAAAUGUUUUUAAACCUCAUCAAGUGCCUCCAGAAAUGAUUGAGCACAUUCUAACAGUUUUCGAAGGAUUCGGGGCGUACAGCAUUUACCCAGAUCUUCUGGAUCUUUUGAGGAGCAUCAGGAAGAAAAGUCCGGAUACCGUUCUUGGAGUGAUAAGCAAUACAGAUCCCAUAAUGUACAAACUCUUGAAAAACAUUGGUCUUAAUGUUUAUUUUGACAACAACAUUUACUUAUCUUACGACAUUGAUCUUUCAAAGCCCGACGUACGUCUUUUUGAUCAUGUUCUCAAGGAUAUUGUCAAGAAAAGGCCCAACUUACUCGAGGCUAUGACGCUUCAAGAGCUAAGGGGUCACUGCUGGCACAUUGGAGACGAAAAAAUGAAUGAUAUGAUCGGUCCUUGCAACGCAGGAUGGGUAGGUAUUCUGCUUGAUAGGGCAAACAAGUACCACUAUUUCAAUGAAGAGUUUCAACACAUAGAGCGAAGUGAGCAUGAUCUCUAUCAAGACAAAAUAGACAAUAAUUACCAAGUCAGCUACGAAACCUCUUUGAAGAACACAGACGUUGUGCAGCUAGCUGAAAGGCAACUUGUUAUUUCGAAUUUGAAGCCUAUCAAAUCCUUGCUUGAUAGAGGAAAUAUAUAG